ACAAAUUUACACUUUCAGGUUUUGAAAUGCCUAGAAAAAAUCGUGGUAUAGCCAAGCAAAAGUUUUUUGAAGAUUUGGAAGCUGCCGAAGAGGAGAAUAAAAUUAAUUCUAAGUUAGAAAAACUUGCUUUGAAAAAUAAAGAUUUGGAAUUUGAUCAUAACCAUUCAGAUAAACCAAUUAAAAAUACUUUCUCAAAGUUUAAUACUUUUUCAGAUGAAGAAAACCAUAAGGAAGAAGAUUUUGAAAAAAAUAAAGUUGAUGAAAAUUUGGUUGACUUGCUAAAAAAAUUAAAAAAUAAAAAUCUUGUAAAACAUGAAGAAAUUAAGGAUUUGGAUCAAUAUACAAAAAAAAAUAAAGUCGAUAAAUAUUCAAAUGAGGUUAAAAAAAUAAAUAGAUCAAAAGACAGAAUUAAUAUAAAAAAUCAAGAAAUUGAGGAUUUGGAUCAGAAUAGUAAAAAAAAAGUUGAUAAAUAUUCAAAUGAGGUUGAAGAAAUACAGAAAUCAAAAGAUAAAAAGGCAAAAAAUGAAAAUUUUAUCAAACAUGAUGAUAAUGAUUUAGACCAAUAUAAUUAUUCUGAUGAAAAAGAACUUAUUGAAGGUCAAAUUGAUUACCAGGAUGAGUGUGAAGAUAUAAAUUUGAAUGUUGAAAAGACAAAGCCUUUAUCUAAUAAAGAAAAAAAGAAAUUAAAAAAGAAGAUGGAGUUCGACAAAGAAGUUGAGGCUAUGGACCCUCAAGGCAUAGAUCAAUUUUCUUUGACACAAUUAGCAAUGACAGAUGCCAAACAGUUGUUGAUGGAAAAUUCUUUAGAUAUAAAGGUCGAAGGUUUUUCCAUAUCAGCAAAGGGCAAAGUUCUUUUUGAUAAUGCAACCCUAAUUAUUAGUCACAAUAGAAGAUACGGGCUAGUAGGACCUAAUGGGAUGGGCAAGACAACUUUGCUCAAGCACAUAGCCUCGAAGGGUUUAGCUAUCCCCAAACACAUAGACGUACUUCUAUGCGAACAAGAGGUGGUAGCGGACGACACUUUAGCCGUUGAUGCAGUUUUGAACGCCGACAAAAAGAGGCUCGCCCUGCUAAAGGAAGAAAAAGAACUGUUAAGCCAGCUAGAAACCUCCCAAAACAUGGCCUCUAACGACCGGCUCAAGAUGGUUUACGAAGAAUUGAAAUCUGUAGGGGCCGAUUCAGCCGAGUCCAGGGCCAAAAGGAUUUUAAGCGGUUUAGGAUUUACGAUCGAGAUGCAAAAACGGGCUACUAAACACUUUUCGGGUGGUUGGAGGAUGCGUGUAUCUCUGGCUAGAGCUCUAUUCUUAGAACCUACGCUCUUGAUUCUUGACGAACCUACCAAUCAUUUAGAUCUUAAUGCGGUCAUAUGGCUCGACAAUUACCUGCAAAAUUGGAAGAAAACUCUACUUGUGGUUUCCCACGAUCAAAGCUUCUUAGAUAACAUAUGCACUGAUAUCGUACAUUUAGACUAUCAAAAAUUGAAUUAUUACAAAGGAAAUUUUAAUAACUCAAGUGAGACCUGCCGGCCAGGAUUUAAGCCCGACCUGGGUACACGGGCGUGCGGUUCUUUCAAAAAAAUGUAUGCGCAAAAACAGAAAGAAUACCUGAAGGAAUACGAAAAGCAAGAGAGAAGGCUUAGGGAAUUAAAGAAAUCCGGAAAAUCUACUAAAGCUGCAGAAUCAGAUCAAAAAUCAAUGAUGAGUCGCAAAAAACACGGCCCCGCUAAAACCGGUGUUACUGGUCCCGAUAAUUUAGCCGACGAUGCCGGAAAGCCUACCAAGUUACUAACGAGGCCCAAAGAAUAUUCCGUUAAAUUUCGCAUACCCCAACCCGCCCCGCUUAAACCACCCGUCCUUGGGGCUCACAAUGUUACCUUUGGAUACCUUGGGCAAAAACCUCUGUUCAAAGACUUGGAGUUUGGUAUCGACAUGACUUCUAGAAUCACUAUCGUAGGUCCCAAUGGCGUCGGUAAAUCAACGGUAUUAAAACUGCUUCUGGGCAAAUUGACCCCGCAAGCCGGCGAAAUCAGGAAAAAUCACCGACUGCGGAUCGGAUAUUUUGACCAACAUUCCGGUGAACAGUUAACGGCUCAAGAAACACCUAUCGAAUAUCUUCAGCGCCUCUUCAACUUAGAUUACCAGAGCGCCCGCAAAAAUCUGGGCAUGGUCGGUCUCGUAAGUCACGCUCACACCGCUAAAAAUUCCGAACUUUCAGGUGGCCAAAAAGCUCGCGUUGCCUUGGCACAACUCGCUUUAGCCAAGCCUGAUUGUCUCAUACUGGACGAACCUACAAACAAUCUCGAUUUAGAAUCCAUAGACGCUCUUUCCGAAGCUAUCAACGAAUUCCAAGGAGGUGUGGUCAUUGUCAGUCAUGACGAACGGCUCAUACGGGAUACCAGUUGCGAUCUAUGGAUAGUAGAAGAUAAUCAGGUCAAUAAAGUUUUGGGCGAUUUCGAUGAUUACCGAAAGGAGAUUUUAGAGGCAUUAGGUGAGCAAUUACAGCAUCCUCAAGCAACUACGCACUGAAAAAAAAUUCACAAUUUUUUAGUAACUUUAAAAAAACUCGAAAUUUAGCAAUAAUUUAUUAAAAAUACCAUUAUAUUAAUCAUUUAAAUUCACUAAGUUAUCCUUAAGCCAAUAAGGAAUCAGAUAAACAAAAUUAACGGAUCAAUCUUACGGUCAUUAACAUUAAUCCCCAACCUAUUCAUUAAAAAAAAAUAGACUAAAUUUCAAUUUUUCGCAUUUGAUACAUUUUUAAACAAUAUAUCUAUAUACCUGUUAAAAAUAUUGUUACAACUACAUAUUAGUAUAUUUGAAAAAUAUUUUAUCAUAUACUCAACCAUAACGGGUUAAUACAAUCCUCCAUAAUUUCAAAUUUACUAUCCAAAAUGUCGAUUUCAAAGUUGGUAAAAGAAGAUUAUAUUAGUUAAAAAUAAGAUUAUUCGAUAAAAACGUUUUUUCCUCUAAAUAACAUUAAAAUUAUAAUAAAAUAUAAAAGUUCGAAAUUUUUAAAAGUAGUGAUUGAUUUUAGAUUUAUUAAAAAGCCAUCAUCAAGGAACUUUUCCAAAAUUCAAAUUUAAAAGUAUUCUAUACUGGUAUAAAGUUUCAUUAAUCGCCUUAAAUCAUAAUUUUUUUUUAAAAAAAAUAAAUUAUCUAAAAACAUCCACCCAAUUUUAACUCAAUCAACAAUUUAUUCCUUUAUUAAUAUUUUUUGUUAUGACAUAUUCUUAUAAUAACUUCUCAAUUGUUUGUUUUAUUAUCUAUUUUUUGAAUUAUAAUUUUUUCUAUUUUUUUUUGUUAUCUCAAAAUACGAAAUAUAAUUUGUUAUG